GGCAGGUCGGAAGUUUUCUUCUUUUGGUAUCUAUUUUUCCUUUUGUUUCUCUUUUUUAGUAAUAGACAAAGCAAUUAGGUCACUCCUUUCUCCCUCAGUUUUACGAAAUAGCCACCACAUCCACGGCGGCACCACCUCUCUCCUACCACCAACGCUAUUAUGACCCUUCUUCACCACCUCUCCAAAACCUCCUUAAUCCCCUUCAGACCCCAUCACGUUUUCUCUGCCAUCUCCCACUUUUCCACCUCCUUUCUCAUCACCAAAACUCCCAAGAAAUUCAAGAAAAAGCGCAAGAAAAAGGACAGCCCACGAACCACACUCGUUCAAACCCAACCAAACAUCAUUCCCCACUUCGAAAACAUCCUCCUCAGAGAUGCGCACUUCAGAUUCCUCACUAAGGCCAAAGAAUUCCUCUCCAAACAGCCCCACCACGUCCUCCGCCUCGAUGACGCCGGAAAACUCCACCAGCAGCUUGGCUUCGCCCGCGGCCGGAAAGUUCUCAAGUCCAUCCUCCGGCAUCCUCUCAUUUUCCAAACCUAUCGCCAUUCGGACGACAAAAUCUGGGUCGGGUUUACUGAUUUCAUGGAUAGUUUGCUGCGUACCGAACGGGAUAUGGAAAAUGAAUUGGAGGGCAAAAGGGUUGAUGUUGUUAGGAAAUUAUUAAUGAUGUCCGCGAAUAAGAGGAUACCCUUGAGUAAAAUUUAUCACAACAGGCUCUUGUUUGGCAUACCGGAGGAUUUUAGGGAUAGAGUAGCAGAGUAUCCAGAUUAUUUUAGGGUAGUGAUUGAGGAUGAUGGGAAGCGAGUGCUUGAGCUAGUUAAUUGGGACAGUUCUUUGGCGGUGAGUGCUUUGGAGAAGGAAUUUAUGGUUGAUGAGGAUAAGGUGAAAAGAGCCUUCAAAUUUCCUAUGAAACACGGCAAAGCAUUGGAGUUGGAUAUGGAGGAUGAGAGAAAGUUGAACAUUUUGAACACAUUGCCUUUGGUGUCGCCUUAUUCAGAUGGUUGUAAGUUGGAUUUGUGGACGUUGGAGGCGGAGAAGUAUAGGGUGGGAAUUAUUCAUGAGUUCUUGAGCAUGACAUUGGAGAAAAGAGCAUAUAUACAUAACAUAGUGGAGUUCAAGGAGGAAUUUAGUCUCACGAAACAUACUUAUCAGAUGCUUCUAAAGCAGCCUCGGACAUUUUAUGUGGCUGGUACUCAGAUGAACUGGUGUGUGUUUCUAAAGGAUGCUUACGGUGAAGAUGGAGAGCUCAUCAAUAAAGAUCCGCAGGUGAUGUUUAAUGAAAAACUUUACAAAUAUGCGGACAUGCAAGAACUGGAAUCUGAUUGCACUGUUGGAUAAAAAUGAGAAUGAGGAUUGAGAUAAAAUAGGCUUUGAAUUGGUUGCUGGAGCAGAUCAGGCAAGAGCGAGAUGGAAAUUAUUUGUAUAAGGUUGUCUGCAACAAUCUCCACAAAUACCACACCCUUCAAAUGGCCCUUAAAAGAGUAAGAGAUGGACUGGUUAAGAAAGGGCAGCACCAAAAAAGGGUUACUUGUGAUCCUUACAACCUCUGGUCUUGAGAUUGGACCCAAAUAGUAGCUGCUGCCAGGAGACAGCUUUCACGGUGCGAACAACCAUCCAGAUCAGUGACAGCAAAAUCUUUGGCAGCAGUUCUCAGAAGUCCUUGCCUAUUCCUAGGAUUCAGGCUGAUUUGCUUCUCUGAAGUACUGGUGGACUUUUACUCUUGGGAAGCUAGAGACAUCCUCCAGCAUGUUAGAAGAAGAUUCUCCAAAGCUGUUUGAUGCUGAAGCUGAUGGUCGGUCAUGCUGCAAUAAGAUUAUGAAUGUCCAGGUCUGUUGUGGGCAUAAACCGAACCAAAGUGUUAACAUCUCUGCCUUGUUGUUAGUAGUGAAUCCUACCGGACAUGUGUAUCCCGCAAUAAAAUCACCCUUAAAAUCUCUAAUUAUUCCUCCUGCUCCGGAUGGACCUGGAUUUCCCUCUGAAGCUCCAUCACGAUUAAGUUCAAAACAAGAAUCGGGGGAACGGUCCCUUUUAAACGAUAAAACAAAUUCUUGUCUCUGUUUAAUACGUUUUGUGAAAAAAUUGUUCAGACUUCGAAUCUUUGAGAGUGCUUGAGCAACAUUUAUAACUUUUUUUUCUGUGCAAGUUUAGCUCGUGUUGGCAAGGCUUCAUGGCAUUGUUUUGUUGACUAUAAAUACUACUCUUAUUAGCAUUGUUUUGUAGAGUAGAGUAGAGAGAAAAACA